AUGGAAACAGCCAAGACGUCUUCCACGCCCGACAAGAAGACUACCAAGCGUUCUUCGACCCGCAAGACGGGAAAGACCUCGACCGGCGCGUCAGGCGAGUCCAAGUUCGAGUAUGAUGCCACUGUUUACACCGGCGAGACCGAGUUUGGUGGCUGGGCCGGCAACAUGGCAAUGAUGAUUGGGUUCCCGAUACUUAUGUGGUACAUGUUUGUCUGCUACAAGGUCAAUGAUUGUCAGUUGAUGGGUCCCGCGGCUGGCGAAUCGGUGGUUGACUUUGUCAAACGCGUCGCCGGUCUGGCAUACAAGCACGCUUACCCCACCAAGGAGGCAUGGGCCAUUGAGGGCGGAUACUUUUUGUUCCAGCUUGUUCUCGCUGCGUUUUUGCCGGGCGGUCUUUGGACUGAAGGUGUGUACGUUACUCACCUGGGCAAGCACCUCAAGUACUACUGCAACGCGUUCCAAGCCCUGUACUUCUCGCUGACGACUGUGCUGGUCUUGCACUUUACGGGCCUGUUCGAGCUGCCGACGAUUCUUGAGCGCUUUGGCGAGAUCAUGACCGUGUCCAUCAUCAUUGGUUUCUCGUUCUCGUUCAUCAUCUUCUUCCAAUCCCUCUACCAGAAGACGGCGGUGCGUAUGUCGGGCAACUACAUCCAUGAUUUCUUCAUGGGUGGGCCUCUGUACCCUCGCUGGGGUAUUGUCGACUACAAGCUCUUUUUCGAGGUCCGCCUCCCGUGGUUCACUCUGAUCUUCUUGUCCCUGGCGUUGGUCUUACACCAGUAUGAGACGUACGGCCAGCCUACCUUCCAGGCCUUGGUUGCCCUUUUGGGCACCUGGCUGUACGGCAAUGCCUGCGCCAAGGGUGAGCAUUUGAUUGUUCCUUCAUGGGAUAUGUUUUACGAAAAGUUCGGCUUCAUGCUUAUUUUCUGGAACAUUUCCGGUGUGCCGUUCACGUAUUGCUACAAUACGCUCUACAUGUACUCCCAUGACCCCAAGGACUAUGAUAUCCCCACUUGGUCCAAGUGGACAAUCUUGGUUGUGCUUGUGCUUGCCCACUUUUUCUUUGACACUGCAAACGGUCAGAAGAACGGGUUCCGCCUUAUGGCUCAAGGCAAGCUUAUCAAGCGCAAGGCGUUCCCGGUCUGGCCCUAUACCCACAUCGAGAACCCCAAGUUUAUUCAGUGCAAGAAUGGCAGCCGUCUUUUGACAGAUGGCUGGUUUGUUUAUGCCCACAAGGCUCACUACACUGCAGACUUUAUCCAGAACCUCUGCUGGGCCCUUAUCACAGGCUUUAAUUCGCCUUUGCCUUACUUCUACCCGGUAUUCUUCUUCUUCAUGAUCCUGCACCGCUGCGAUCGUGACAUGAAGAAGUGUGCUGCCAAGUAUGGCGACGAUUGGGUCGAGUACCGCAAGCGUUGCCCGUACAUUUUUAUUCCCUAUGUGUUUUAG